AUCAAUCAUGUUAUCGUUCGCUUCAUUUCCGCAUGUUUCUCUUAGAUGUUGUCCAAGAAGCUGUUCCCAAGUGGCGAGGUCGCUGCGGAAGGUUCUGUUAGUCUUAGUGGAAGCCGACUGACCAGCAGAAUCGUCUUGGCUCUGUCAUGCAUAGAAGCUCUCGUGAGCUUCGUCAUCCUGCUGUUCAUACUGCGAGAACUCGUCUCUAUGCGUGACCAACAAAUGUCUUUCAUGAGAGACAUACGAGAUCAGCAAAUGGCGUUCCAGACGGGUCUGCGGGAAGAGCUACAAGCCUACCUGAGGGAUCAAGAAAAUGAGGCUAAGUCUAAGGCUGCUCUGUCGAACAGCCUUGACGUGGACCCAACUGAAGACUGGCGACGUGAUCACAGCGCCACCUUUCUGAAAAAUGCGGAGGUGCACCACAGAGCCAACAGGGCAUUAAUGGCAAACCGCCCGUCCGGACCUUCUGGGAAGUGUAGCUGCCCAACUCCUGCAGCCCCGACUACUCCUCCACAGGUCACAACCACCACCGCACCUCCCCCGGUCACGAUUAAGGCAACGACUACUGCCCCUCCCCCGGUCACAAAUAAGGCAGCCACGGCUGCUCCCCCGCAGGUCACAGCGAAGGCAUCCCCGACUGUUCCUCUACAGGACAAAACUACGGCAACCCCAACAGCUCCUCCACAGGUCACAACUACGGCAACCCCGACUGCUACUCCUGAAGAUACUUACCGUGUACGAGAGGCAGACUGUGCUGCAUAUAAAGCCGCCGGACACACGACCAGUGGAGUCUACACACUUGGCUCACCCCUGUCCGGUGUAGAGGUCUACUGUGACAUGGAUACUGCAGCGGGCGGCUGGACUGUGAUCCAAAGGAGAAUGUACGGUUCGGUUCCCUUCAACCGGACCUGGGAGGACUACAAACACGGGUUUGGGAACAAGAACGGGGAAUACUGGCUUGGGAACGAGAACAUCCACCUCCUGACUGAUAAAAAGAAUUAUGUGCUCCGAAUUGACACGAUGGGCUGGGAUGGAGAGGAACGCUACGCGGAAUACAGCACAUUUCGGGUGUCCGGUGAGUCGGACCAGUACCGGCUGCACGUUUCCGGGUAUUCAGGUACAGAGGAAAACGCCAUGGAUCUCAACAACGGACAGAUGUUCUCCACUGUGGACAGGGACAAUGAUGCCAGCGGCGGCCACUGUUCUCACUGGUACGGCCAGGGCGGCUGGUGGUUUUGGCGCUGUGGUGACUCCUUCCUUAACGGCCGCUACCUGGGCAACUGCGGGACGUCCUGCGGGUAUCUGCAAGGGGUGGCGUGGGGCCGCAGGGGAGACGGGCGUUACUCCCUCCAGUCUGUCUGUAUGAAAAUCAGGCCAUGAUUACCGCAUUUUCUGGACCAAAUCUAUCAUAGUAUCACAUCUAGUUUUCCACAAAAUCCCGAAUCCUACAUGGUCUGUAAUACUGACAAGUU